AUGAAGUUCUCCCUUCUCGCUGUCGCGGCCAUUGCGCCUAUGGUUUCGGCCCAUUAUUUCUUCGACACCCUCAUCAUUGACGGCAAGGAGUCUUACGUGUACGUCCGCUCAAACACCCUCUUUUGA